AUGAUGGCUUCGCAGAUUUCCUGAAAUUGGAACUAAGAACACAGUGUUUGGAACGCAUAGGCGUGGAAAAAGAGGAAACCAUGAGCUCCAAAAACAAACCGAAAGCCUCGUCUGCUAUUGAUGCAGCCAAUGAGUUAUCUUCACCUUUAGAUUUCUCCUUUAAAGCUUUGGAAAGAGUACAAGAUGCCCUGGAAGAAGAACCCAGACCGGUUCGUCACAAAAUUGAGAGAACUGAAGGAUCUGGACAGUUCAAAUCAAAUUCAGUACGCUUCUGCAAUAAUAACAUCUCGAAUCUUGAGAAUUUGUCUUCCACGCUGGAACAGUUGUUGGAAAAUCCGUUGGAGCUGGCAUGGCUCGACUUGUCUUUUAAUGAUAUAUCCACCAUCGACAAGGUUUUGCUACAGUAUCCAAAGCUGAAGAUUUUAAACCUGCAUGCAAACAGCAUUGAAAAACUUUCAGAAGUGGACAAACUAGCUGAACUUCCAGAGCUCAUUAGUCUAACACUACAUGGAAAUGACAUUGAAGACCUUCCUAGUUAUAAACAGCACAUUAUUUCAACACUGCCAAGGCUCAAGACACUGGAUUAUACACCAAUUACGAACCAAAACCGAGCUGAUGCUCGUACAUGGAGGGAGAAUUGUCGGAGGAAGUAGAUUUGCAACACAGGGAGGGAUUUAAUUCCUCUAGCUUCCUAGGGUGUAUUUUGUGAGUACUGACAAUGUGAAGAUAGUUUGAUUGAAAACUUCACAUAGUAUUAAUAAUAAUGUUGUGGAUCUGUGUAAAAACAUUUCAAGAGAAGGUUAAUCUCUGGUAGAGUCCAGGCUGAACAAAGUUUCAUGUUUUGGUGAAAUAAACUUAUAACUGUUACAGUAUAAUGAAUCCGCAGGGAUUGGUAUAAAUAAAACUUGAAAGAGCAAAAAGCCAAAUUUUGUAAUAACAUUAAUGUAAAAGCCUGAUCAACUUCAGUUGAGAAUUGAGCCCAAAAAGAAAAAAAUUGUCAUUAAAAUCAUUAUACAACAAACAAGAUAAGUUUAGUUACCAGGUUAAUGAACAACUUAACAUUAAUUAUCAAUGUUGUCAAAAGUACUAAUUAACUCUUUGGUCACCUCACAAUAAAGACCAGUGUAA